AUGUCCAGGCUCAGGCAGUUCCUUCACAAAUUCUUCCAACAGCCACCCAUACGCCCCGGUGCGAGAAGAGCUACGGCCACCCCAGCAUCCAUUCUUGCCCUCUCAAUGGCCUCGUACUCGACCACCGUCACCAAGAUCCCCGACCUGGGCCCGACGCCCGAGGAUGCCGCGUCGAAGCCGCACCACCUCAAAAAGAACGGUAACACCAUCGGCUUUAAGAACGUACACCCUUCCUUCGGUGAUGGUGUCGGCUUCCCCCAAAUUUUCAGGCAUGUUGUCUGGCCCCAAUUGAUUGGCGACCUUAAAUUCCCCGACACAUCGCCGCCGACCGUCAACGUUGUCAAGCCAGACUUCCUUCCCACCCGAACUGCCUCUAACAAGCUGCGCGCCACCUGGCUCGGUCACGCCUGCUACUACGUCGAGUUCCCCUCAGGCCUGCGCGUACUCUUUGAUCCGGUCUUCGAGGACCGCUGCUCGCCUUUCUCCUUUCUGGGCCCCAAGCGCUUCACCCCGAAGCCUUGCGACCUCGCCGACAUCCCCUUCGUCGAUGCCGUCCUUAUCAGCCAUAGCCACUACGACCACCUAUCCCAUGAGUCCGUCCUCACCAUCCAAAAGCACAACCCCAAGGCCCAUUUUUUCGUCGGCCUCGGCCUCGAAUCAUGGUUCAAGAAGGCUGGCUUGAAGAACGUGACCGAGCUUGACUGGUGGGAGGACGCUGAGAUCUCCCUGACCGUGGACAAAGGCGUUGACGACGUCCCUGAGACCAUCUCCGCCCAGAUAUCCUGCCUUCCCUGCCAACACACCUCGGCACGCACGCUCUUCGAUAAGGACACUACCUUGUGGGCGUCCUGGGGUGUCAAGUCGGCCGGGAAGUCGGUCUGGUUUGGAGGCGACACCGGAUACCGCGCCGUGCCGUGGACUCCGCUCGACGUCGACGAUUACGGCCCCAAGUACGCUCAUCUGCCCAUGUGCCCGCAGUUCCGGCAAAUCGGCGACCUACGCGGGCCCUUUGAUCUCGGUCUGAUUCCCAUCGGCGCGUACUACCCCCGUGUGGCAUUCUCUGGCAUGCACGCCAACCCCUUUGACUCGGUUGAGAUUUUCCAGGAUACCAAGUGCGAGCGCGCUAUGGGCAUUCACUGGGGUACCUGGGCUCUGACCAUGGAGGAGGUUCUCGAGCCCCCAAAGCUCCUUCAAGAGGCCAUGAAGCGCAAGGGACUUCCGGCUACCGGCAUGUUUGACGUUUGCGAAAUUGGCGAGAGCAGAGAGUUCUAA